AUGGGAGAAAAUCAGGGACUCGAGAAGGCAAUUGAAAAAUUGGCUGAGCUCCUAACAGCCAAGGUAGGAGCUGCAGCAUCUCUAAAUAAUGCAAUUGUUCCUCACAUUGAGCCAAUUCAGAAAAUUGACUUGAUGCCAAAUGAAAUUAAGCUGGAAGGUGUUAAGAAUUAUUUGAGCUGGUCAAGAAGGGCGCUACUCAUCUUGAGGACUAAAGGGCUUGAGGGCUUUGUCAGUGGUGAGGCAGAGGAGCCAGGAGACAAGAAAACUUCAGAAUGGAGGACAUGGAGCAGUACCAACUCUUUGAUAGUGGCAUGGUUGUUGAACUCCUUGUCUCCAACCAUUGCUGCAACUGUUGAGACUAUCUCAACUGCUACUGAGGUAUGGAAAACCCUCUCAAAACUAUACUCAGGUGAAGGGAAUGUGAUGUUAAUAGCUGAAACAGAGGAGAGAGUUGGUGAACUCAGACAAGGGGAAAAUUAUGUGAUGGAGUAUGUUGCUGAACUGCAGUGUUUGUGGGCUGAUUUAGAUCACUAUGAUCCUCUGGAUUUGCCACAUGCAGAUUGCAUAGCAGCUGCUAGAAAAUGGAUUGAACGCAGACGAGUGAUGCAGUUUCUCAAAGGAUUGAACUCUGACUUUGUGGCGAGACGUGCUACUUUAUUUCAUCAACCUACUCUACCUGCCUUAGAGGAUGCCAUAGCAGCAAUGACAUAG